GAAGAAGUUUCCGAACGACGUCGCAUUAGUGGCCACUAUAAACUUUCUUUCUUCGUUUCUUCCUUCUUUCCUUUGCCUCUCGACUCAACCGUGCCGAGUUUUGCCACUGCUCGAUGACUAUUGCAUUUUCCAUCAAAGGAGUAAGGGAAAGUAAAGAUUUCUGACCCGCAUAUGUAUGUGUGUGUGAGGCAAGGACGGGGGAGGAGGAAGCGUGGGAAGGUGAAGUGAGGCGUUUGAUUUACUUUGUCACUAACUCCAGGAAGAGCUUGGAGCCGGAGGAGGGGCAGGUUUGAAUAGAAUCGGGAUUUUUUGGUGUUCGACUUUGUCGUCUGCGUUGGAAUUGGUGCUGCGCUCUCAUUUUUAUCCUUUUCGAAAUUUUCUAUUGACUGUGCAAGUGCGCGCGCUGUUUCGGUCGCCUCCUGUUUCUCUUGCAACACUGUGCUUUUUUCCAUGUGGCGACACGACAAACGGGAACUGCCAAGCGUUUCUUUAAUGCGAUGGUUGAAGCAGCGAUGAAGAAAGAAGUAUCGGCGGAACUCCAUCGAUAUUGUUUUGUUUGCGAUUGACUGUCUGUUCGGUUUUUUAUUGUUCCAUUCUCAUUUUUCAUCUGAAGAUAGAAGUGGGUCAAAGAUGGUCGAACUUGGGGCGGAGAAAUCGGGCGGUGGCGGCAGUCCUCCACAGAGAACGGGCUCCGGUUUGGAGUGGGAAUCGCCUGAUUUUGCGUUGUUAAGCGACGAGUGUUUGUCGGCGGCGGAAGAAGCGGCUCAGAAAGUGGUGAAUUGCGUGCGACCUACACUUGACUCGGAGGAAAAGAGAAGAGAUAUGAUUGAUUAUGUUCAGCGCCUCAUCAAAACCCAUCUCAAUUGCGAGGUUUUCCCUUAUGGGUCAGUGCCACUCAAGACAUACUUACCUGAUGGUGAUAUUGAUUUGACUGCCUUUGAAGGUCUUAAUCCUGAAGAAUCAGUGGCCCUAGGUGUUUGGAAUGUUUUAGAAGGGGAACAGAAGAAUGAAAAUGCUGAGUUCCGAGUUAUGGAGAGCCGUUUUAUUAAUGCUGAGGUUAAAAUUGUGAAAUGCAUUGUGAGAACAACUGUCAUAGAUAUAUCUUUCAAUCAACUAGGCGGCCUUGCUACACUUUGCUUCCUGGAGCAGGUUGACCGUCUUAUUGGGAGAAAGCAUCUCUUUAAGCGCAGUAUUAUCCUGGUUAAAUCUUGGUGUUAUUAUGAGAGCCGUAUUCUCGGCGCGCAUCAUGGGUUAAUAUCUACUUAUGCAUUGGAAACACUUGUGCUGUACAUCUUCCAUCUCUUCCAUUCAUCCCUAACCGGUCCAUUGGCGGUGUUGUAUAGAUUUUUGGUUUAUUAUAGCCAAUUCGAUUGGGAGAAUUAUUGCAUUAGUAUGAAAGGACCAGUUUGCAAAUCAUCCCUUCCAGAUAUAGUGGUGGAGAUGCCAGAAAGUGGAUGGAAUAAUCUGUUGCUUAGUGAGCAAUUUAUGGUAAACUGCAUGGAAAUGUUCUCGUCAUCAAGGAUGGUUGAAGCAACACCAAAAUUAUUUCAGCCGAAAUACUUGAAUAUUGUUGACCCACUGAAGGAAAAUAAUAACCUUGGCCGCAGUGUGACCAAGGCCAACUUCUACCGUAUCAGGAGUGCUUUCAAAUAUGGAGCUUACAAGCUCGGUCAAACUCUUUUACAACCAAGAGAUAAAGUGGCUGAUGAGAUCAGUAGAUUCUUUGUAAACACUCUCACAAGGCAUCAGAGUGACAACACGAGCAGCAUUCAAUGUCUGACCGAUUUUGGGAAUGAAGAGUCUUUGUCUGUAUCUGUACCAUCUCCCGCCGAACUCAUUUCUGUGGAUGAUGGGCAUGUCAAGUCAUCCAUCAGUGAUGUUGACCGUGAUAGUGUCAGGAUGGAUUCUAAGAAUGACACAGACAGAUACUUGAUGCACGAACACUAUCUCGAAGCAUCAUCAUCAGAUUCAGGAGGAGUUGUUGCUUCUCAGGAUCUUGCAACAUCGGAUUCUAGUCAGAGGAAGGGAGCCUCAGAUUUUGAAGCUUGCAGCGAUUACGACAAGAUCCUGUCGUGGGACCGUAGUUGUAAAUCGUCUUCCUUCGCUUCUCAAACUCGCAGCUUAGAAAAAGGUGACUCUUGUCAGAAUAACUUAGUUGAUAAUUCAUAUCGUAAAUUUGGUCUGGAUUCAUUAUCUUUGGACACCACGGGGUGUGGGGAAGUGAACAAUAAUUGUCAGCAGUAUAUGGACAAUUCACAGGCAGUCAGCAAAGCCAGGUCGGAUUCUUCAAUUGCAAAGGCUAAUUUCUCAGACAACUCGUCGCCUGAUUUCUGGGAGGCGGACUUUAAAAGCAUUGGGGGAGAGUCGGAAUCUUUCAAUCCUUUGGCUGAUCUGAGUGGGGAUUACGAUGACCAUAUUAGGAGCCUUCUGUACGGUCAACUAUGCCUUGGGUACCCUUCACCAUUGUCAUAUCAUCAUCCUCCUUCAGCAUCCACUCAGUUUGAGAGCAACAACCCUUCAUAUGAUGCUGCUCCUCAAUGGAUUCCAUCUCAAGGAAGUGAAACGAGUUCGUUCUCACAGUCGGGAGUGUCUCGUAAGCACCCGGUUGCUGAUUCCACUUGCCAUUCUGAAGAGACACGGAAUCUACACACAAAUUCCCGGAAUUCGAAUCGUUUUCCCCAGGAGUCGUCUUCACGAGGGAGGGGUAGAAAUAAGGCUCGUGGCAAUCGCAAUCAGCCUCGUAGAUAUCCUUCUGCGGGCGAGGAUAAACCUAACUACUUUCAAAAUGAUAAUCACAGACCCAAGGGAUCGGGCAAAUGGAAUCCUUCCCUUCAAUCUCCUCAUCUAGAGGGCAAUAGGAGUAGCAAUAGCAGCAGCAGCAACAGGGAUCAAACAGCUAGCGACCAAAGCGCAUUGAACAAAAUCCAAUUCGGCACAAUUGGAAAUCUGGCAGACGAGUUGAUUUCAUCCACAGCUCGUGAUGAGGGAUCAUCGCGUGACAUCAAACAGGAUAAAGAGGAAGCAGUGAUGACGCCAAAAAGGUAUGAAAGGUCAAUCCACAUAAAAAAUGAAGCUGAGUUCCCACCUCUUCGCCAAGAAAACCAGCGCAAGGACGGAACGAAGUAGCCAGCCGGCCAGAUGUGCCCAUUCACAUUUACACAGGUAAUCCUAGUCGAGUGAUACUGCUGUCACUAAACCACAUUUCUUGAACACUUUGAAUCUGAGUUUUAAGGGAUUGGAUUCAUGCAUAACUAAAUAGUAGAGUCGUGGAAACUUUUCCAAUAUGUGAAUACAUACAUACAUACAUACAUAUGCAUAAAACAAAAAGAAAGUCGUUAUAGAAACCCUCAAAUAGAGCUGUCGAUACGAUUCAAUUUUAUAGUGUGUGUUCGUUCUAACUGUAAUUGUACUUUUAUGUGUGUUUGGAUGAACUCUUUUAAUGAUGGGUAAAUAAUUAGGUUCAUAG